CAAACAUCAGAGCUGCCGGUCACGUGAAAGCACGUCACGUGACCACCGCGUCAAUAAGCGCCUGCUCACCGUACACCGCUGAGUUUAUUGUAUCAACCGAGGACAUCAUGGACGCGCUCUGGCUGACCUUCUCCAUCCCUUUGUUAUUCAGCUCGUUGGUUUGGAGUGGAUACCUGGAAUAUGACCAAGAUGUCUUGAUACCAGAGGACUGGACUCGUGUUGGUCGGGUCGAUCCCGCAGAGGAGCUGGAGCUGACCUUUGCCCUAAAGCAGCAGAAUGUUAAUCUGCUGGAGGAAACACUGAGAUGGGUCUCAGACCCUGACUCAGCUCAAUAUGGUAAAUACCUCACCCUGGAGGAAGUGGCCUCCCUCGUGCGACCGUCAGAACUGACCCACAAGGUGGUGCGUCACUGGCUGCACAGUCAUGGGAUUACAAACUGCCUGACUGUUCGCACUGAGGAUUUUUUACAGUGCACCAUGACUGCAGAAGUUGCAGAGAAGCUGCUUCCAGGAAGCCGGUUCAACCGUUACAUCAGAGAUGGGCAGUCUCUAGUGAGGUCUUCAGCUCCGUACUCCGUCCAUGAUGACGUUCACCAGCACCUCGACUUUGUUGGGGGUCUUCAUCGCUUCCCACCCAAAGGGCAAGACCUCCGUAAAGAGCAAAAGUCGUCUAAGGAAGGGAUACACCUGGGAGUGACUCCUGUCAUCCUGAGGACCCGCUACAACCUGACAGCAGCUGAUGUGGGAACAGCUCAGAACAACAGCCAGGCCGUAGCUCAGUUCUUGGAGCAGUACUAUCACCCGGCAGACCUGGCUGAGUUCAUGAGCCUGUUUGGCGGGAGCUUCCAGCAUCUGUCUCAGGUGGAUCGAGUUGUGGGCACCCAGGGAGGAGGAAAGGCCGGCAUUGAGGCCAGUCUGGAUAUAGAGUACAUCAUGAGCACAGGGGCAAACGUCUCCACGUGGGUCUUCACCAACCCAGGCCGUCAUGAGUCCCAGGAGCCUUUCCUCCAGUGGAUGCUUCUGCUCAGCAACAUGUCUGAUCUGCCCUGGGUUCACACAAUCAGCUACGGUGAUGAUGAAGACAGCCUGUCCACUGCCUACAUGAUGCGUAUCAACACAGAGUUUAUGAAAGCUGGCAUCAGGGGAAUCUCUUUGCUCUUUGCCUCAGGUGACAGCGGUGCCGGCUGUAGACAUUUAGGAAAAGAACAAAACUCCUUCAGGCCCAGUUUCCCAGCCUCAAGCCCAUAUGUCACUACAGUAGGAGGAACGUCAUUCAAGAACCCAUACAAGGUCACGUAUGAAGUCACAGAUUACAUCAGUGGAGGAGGCUUCAGUAAUGUCUUCAAGAUGCCUGACUACCAGGUCAGUGCAGUGGAGGGGUAUCUUAAGACUGUUGCAGCAAAACUUCCUCCUCAGUCGUACUACAAUGUCAGCGGCAGGGCGUAUCCGGACAUGGCUGCCCUGUCUGAUAAUUACUGGGUGGUCAUCAACAGAGUGCCAGUCCCCUGGGUGUCUGGGACCUCGGCAUCAACCCCAGUGGUUGGAGGCAUGCUGUCUCUGGUCAAUGAUCAUCGGCUGCUGAAGGGCCUACCUACCUUGGGCUUCCUCAACCCUCGCCUUUACAAGCUCAAGGGACAGGCCUUAUUUGAUGUGACUGAAGGUUGUCACCUGGGCUGUCUGGACGAGCAGGUUCAGGGGCAAGGUUUCUGUGCUGCACCGUCGUGGGACCCUGUUACUGGCUGGGGGACGCCAAACUACCCUGCACUACUGGCUGCCUUGCUAUCUGAGUGAGCACUUCGUGCAGUUCAUGGAAGCAGGUACUAAACACACAUCUGAACUCUAGACCAGGUGCCUGAUGCCAAAGACUGGAUAGUGUAAUAGAGGGACACGAUGCCUACACUUUAGAUUUACACCUCUUUGUUUUUCUUACAUGUUCAUUUGAGGUCGAAACACUGCAUUAUUCUAAUCUGCAGGAAUGUUUUUAUCUGUUAUCAUCACCACCUCCAUCACCUUAAAGACACAGCUCCUUUUAUCUGUGCUUUUUUUUCCUCCAAAAAGCUUAAAACUGUUGCCUUGAAUGUUUUUAGGUCAGGGAGAGUGGUACUUUGGGAUUUUCAAUGCCACACUGCAGUUGCCUGUUUCUGCUGUUCACUGCAUUUUAACUGACCCAGAUUUCUCAGAGAGUCUCUGAAACAAACACAAAGGCAGAUGGGUGUUCAUGCUCAUCUUUUGCUUUAAUUUCAUGCCACUAGAUACAAAGCGAUGAAAGUGUGGAUAUAUUGGUCGCUAUGCAUAAAACUUUAAUAAGUGAACAUAAAAUUAUGCUGAAAUACACACCAAUCAUGUUUUAGAUACUUAGGCCUAGUUUAACAUGUUUUCUCUACAUUAAGACAGAGCUAUAUGUUAGAUGUCAAUCGAAAAUCUAUAUAUAUUGGAUGCAAUGAUUUCACCAGAUCAUGAGAUGACCACAGUGUGAAAUCGUGUGUUUUGCCAUACUACUCUGCAGGGAUGAACUAGGUAGAAAUGUCAUAAUAUCAUUUAAUAACAAAUAGAUUUGCAUGCAGUUUUAAAAAUGUCGCUCUUGUAUUUGUAAUGAAAUGGGAACAUACUAACAGGACCUUUUUAAAACUUGAUUUUACUUUGGUUUUAUGCCGUUUGCUUUACGGCUGUGAACUAACCAAAUUGCACUGUUAAUAUGUGGGUUAAAAUGAUUCAGCAAAUCUGCCCACCAGCAUUGUUGCACUUGUUCUUUUGUUUUUUAGCCAUAUAAAUCCACAAAACAGAGUUAUUUAAUGUGAGUGAUUGCCCGUGCUGUGUUAUUUGUGAAUCUAAUAAAGCUGGAUUUUUACAUGGAAAUGUCAGAAGAUUGCUCAGGAUUAUCCUGAGUCAGGCGUGAGUUGAAUGAAAGCUGUAGUUUUGUACCAGAUGCCUGAAGAAAAUGUUUUUAAAAAUCUCUCUUUAAACAGAUGACAUUAAAAGGAAUCCUUUUAAGUUACAAUGCAAUUUCUGAAGAUCCUUCCAGUUUCUAAUGUGUUGUUUUGAGUAUCUCACGUCAGAAUGAGUUUGCAAUGUGUUCAGAUCCAUUGACGGACUAUAUUCCAGCUCUAAGAUGUCACUUUGAAGCUGCUAAUUUCAAGUUUUGAAAUGUUUUAAAAUUGCGUAUAUGGAGGAUGCUGAAGAAUAAAAGAACCAGAAUUUGCUUCA